GAAACGCGCAUGCGCUGACAGGGAAGCGGAAGAAAGCAUCAUGUCGGUGGAAGACCCGUUUUUCGUUGUGAAAGGGGAGGUGCAGAAGGCCCUGUCUCGUGCUCGAGGCCUGUAUGACAGGUGGGAGGAACUGUUACAGGAGGGGACACAGGUGAGUCGGGAUGAGCUGGACUGGAGUGCUAAUGAACUGAGGAACUGUCUGAGAGCCAUAGACUGGGACCUGGAGGAUCUCAGUGAAACCAUCAGUAUUGUGGAGUCAAAUCCAGGGAAGUUCAGACUCGGAGACAAUGAACUGCAGGAGAGGAGAGGUUUUGUGGAGAGAACCAGGAAAUCUGUCCAGGAGAUGAAGGAUCAGUUGUCCAGCCCUUCUGUGGUGGCUCAGGCAGAGAAGAAGAACAGAGAGGCUCUGCUGGCCUCUUCAGGCCAGGAAAGGUCAACCGGUCUGGAGGCUCAUCUGGUGUCUGCUAACUCCAGAUACAUCCAGGAGCAACAGGAACAACAGCAGCUUAUCAUGCAGGACCAGGACGAGCAGCUGGAGUUGGUGUCCGGCAGCAUCAGAGUCCUCAAAGACAUGUCGGGACGUAUUGGAGACGAGCUUGAUGAGCAGGCUGUUAUGUUAGGUGAUUUUGGUGAUGAGAUGGACCAGACAUCAUCCCGCAUGGACUCUGUCCUAAAGAAACUAGAGAAGGUGUCUCACAUGACCAGCAGUCGGAGGCAGUGGUGUGCCAUAGGUGUGCUGGUCACCAUCAUGAUCGUGGUGCUCAUCCUCUUCUUUGCUCUCUGACAUCAGUGACCUCUCACCUCUCGACCACACUCACCACCUCCUCCCUGAGAGGAAGAGCGACGUGACUCCCCUCCUCCCCCCUCCGUCUCUUCUUCUGUUCACACGAAGGAGAAUGUGGUGAUGUGCAGAGAGAAGCUUGAACCCUCUUCUCUCUGCUUUAAACACGUCUGGUGGGGAAACACACAGCUGGUUUUAGUGAUUUUUAUAUCGGUACAUUUCGGUUAUUGAUGAAAGUAAUGGUACUGAAGAGGAAGGGGCGGGACAGGAAGCUGAUGCUGCCAAGAUGAAAACACAUUUGAAAAUAGACAAAACAUUUGAGUAUAUUAAGGUUUAACAUUUACAUGAAAACACACACACGUCACAUGAUGUAUGCAUCAAUCGUGUGAAGGAUGCUCUGAAUGGAGCAGUGCAGUGUUCAAAUGAACUCGGAAAACAACCCCAUGUCAAUGUUGAAUGUAUUAACACAGGGUAAAGCAGUUUAGACAAAGCCGACUUCCAAAACAGUCAAGAUCAAGAGGUUUUUAUUGUCUUUAUGAGGACAUAAUGACAUUUCUGCAGAGAUAUAGUCACGUAGGUUAUAUUUGUUUCCUGUAAUGAAUCGAUAAUGAAGCCAUGUAAUGACACUAGAAACAGCAUUUGUUUUUUCUUCUUUGAUGUCGUACUGAUGAACCACAAAUGUUCUCAGUCAUCAACACUAGUUAGUUGUAGGCGACUGGAUUUGCCUACAGUUAACUACUGAAAAUCAACCAUAAACUCCUCCUACUUUGUAAGCAGGUCGUUCUGAGAGGUUACACGAGUACUUAAAAGAAGAUGAACGGUUGAUGUGAUGACAACGGCUCAUGUGACACUUAUCUCAGUUGGUAAGUGAACCUUGAUUCUCGGCAGGUUAAACAGCCAAAUAGUUUUGGACGCUGAUAAAUAACAGUUUCAUUUGUGUUUUUGGUCCGUAGAAGCAUCAGGGGAGGCAGGAGAUGUUUUCAGUGUUGCCUUAAAUCUAUUUUUAUACAGUCAUGAAAUGUGCAGUACGUCUCUGUGCCUGUGUGUGACUCAGUUGAAGAAUGAAGUCUCAGCAGUCAAAUGUAGUCUAAAGGUUUUUCUUACAGCUGAUUUUUACUGGCGAGCACAUUUCAGCCUCACAAGAACGAGUAGUCCCCUCUGUAAUCAGAGCUGUGGUGCGUUUAUGGUCCACGCUGCUGUGGUGCGUUUACGGUCCACGCUGCUGUGGUGCGUUUACGGUCCGCGCUGCUGUGGUGCGUUUACGGUCCGCGCUGCUGUGGUGCGUUUACGGUCCACGCUGCUGUGGUGCGUUUACGGUCCACGCUGCUGUGGUGCGUUUACGCUCCGCGCUGCUGUGGUGCGUUUACGGUCCUCGCUGCUGUGGUGCGUUUACACUCCACGCUGCUGUGGUGCGUUUACGCUCCUCAUGCUGGUCUGGCUCUUGCUUGACGGGGUCUGGUCAUUUGUUUGAUGCUCCUGAUUGUGAUGGUGUCUCCUUCUGUCUGCAGCCGUGCAGCCACCUUCACACCACCUGCUCGUGUUGGAGCACAUGAUUGGCUGAGACUCUGUCAUGGCUCAGGGUAAAUGGGUUCACCAGGUUUCUUGAAAAGCUCAUGCUGACGAGUGUAGGAACGGUUGCUGGGCAGGAUGUGUCCACACAGAUCCCAGAUAAGGGCCUACAGCUCCCUCUGCUGGGGGGCGGUCGGCCAUGUUAGGUAACGCUGCCCAUAUUAGGAUGUGUUGCAGUGCACUACACGUUGAACACCUAUGAUGCUUUAGUAUGUUGUGUUUUUGUGUUAGUCAUUUUCUUCUUUUAUCAGCCAGUUAGGGAAAAUAAAACUAUCAAGUGAUGGAUUUUCUUUCCGCAGA